AUGUUAGGCUUUUUACUGUUUUUAAUCGUGUCGCAAGAUUACUACUGCUCUUGUAAUCUUCGUAUCAGUUCGGACAUCGUAAAGCAAGCAGAGUACUUGCAGGUACCAUUAAGGCGAUUCUUCAAGUAUCCAAAGUUCCCCGUUAAUUUCCAUGUUCAAAGUACUGAAAAUGUUACGAAGGCCACGUACGAACUAUUUACGGUGAACGAGUUGCUUUUACAAAAUAGGAACUGGCUCAUCAGUACGGUGAGUACGAUGCAAACCGUGGUGAACACUUACGCUCCCUUCUAUAAUGUAUUUUUGAGUGAUGAUUACACCUCCAUGAGUAAUAUUCUGCAAAGCCUAACCUACCAGCACUACGAUCCAUCCGGACGCUGUUUAGUUGUGAUUGAUAGUGUGCUCGAUGCACAAGACUUGGAGCAGCUUGUGAUCGCUCUCUGGAAACUCCGAAUAGUAAACGUUGUAGUGAUUGUUGGAGAUGUCAAUGAGCAGCAGUAUCGUGCCUACAGCUAUCAACCAUUCCGGUCAGGAAAAUGCGAAGUAAUAGACCCGCUACUGUUGGAUCACUUCGAUGGAGAACACUGGGAAAAGCUUACCGUGUGGUAUCGAAACACAAUGCGUAACUUUAACGGUUGUACACUCAAGGCAGGAACAAUUGAGGUUAAACCAUACUCGAUGGUAAAGCGGGAAGGAAACGUCACCAAACGGUUCGGGAUGGAGGUAACGGUGGUGCAAAAUAUUGCGAUGUGGUUUAACUUUUCGAUCGAUUACUUAAGCCCGACCGGUAACGUUAAGUGGGGCGUCAUACAGGCACAGAACAGUACCGGACUAGUGGGCAUGAUACAGCGCGGUGAGGUAGACUUUGGAUUCGGUACGGUUGGGAUUAAUGUAUUUCGAAACCGGUAUCUCAAGAUGGGUACGCCUAGCUUUUUGUCCCAGCUGAACGUAGCUAUCCCGCCGGACAAACCGUACACCUGGUGGGAGAAGUUGUAUCAACCGUUCUCACCUGCCGCCUGGUUGUGUUUGAUAGUGUGCUACACGGCAUUCAUUCUUGUUGCUGUCGCCAUUUUUGACUCGAAACUCUUCACUACCGUGGAACACUUCCGUAAUCCGGCGUACAAUCUGUGGGAGCUGUUGAUGGGUGGACCGGGUGGAACGUUUCACCGAACCAGUAUCCGGCUGUUUAUUGUUGGCUUUGUGGUGAAUGCGCUGAUCAUUCGUACGAUGUAUCAGUCGGCCAUGUUCCAGCGUCUGCAGGCCACUACCAGACUAGGCACGAGGCUGACCACCUUCCAGCAGAUAAAUGAUGCAAAUUUGCUGUACUACAUGUACAUUACCACCUCGUUUUACUAUCAGGACAAUCCACUAUUGCGUGACAGAAUUCGUAUCUUGCGCAACGAGAGCAAGGACUGGGAUGAGAUCAUGUACGCUAUAUCGCACCACCAACUAAAUGGCGUUUUCGCCAUGCCACUUGAUGUGAUCGAGUACUAUGUCAAAAAUUACGGCCAGCGUGGAGUAGUGUACGUCGGGCGGCAUACCGGCUUCAACUAUAAUCUGGGCAUCUACUACCCGAAAGCAUCACCACUGACGGAACGAUUCGAUACGCUGAUUGGCCGCUACCAGGCGGCUGGAUUGAUCUACAUCUGGCGAGAACGGUUCCGCGAUACGCGCUACUGGAACGGUGCCAAAAGUCAACCCGAACCGAUCAGUCUACAGUGGCAGCACGUAUCCGGUGCGUUCUACGUGUGGAGCGCCAUGCUCGGUGUAUCGGCGCUAGUACUGUUGGGGGAGACGGUCCUGCAAACAUGCAAAGAUAAAAUAUGCAACAGAAUGAGGAUCCUUGGUAGGUUAGCGUUGUUCCAGGUGCUGCUACUAGCUGUACUUCAAGUGACAGCAGCUAGGCUUGCUGAUAACACUCGCACCAGAAAACCACCGUUGGAGCUUCUUAGCACUAUUGUUGCAACACACUAUCGAACACCAGAGAGCUAUGUAGCGUUACGCACUCGCAAUGCCAACAGCACCAGUCCAACAUCCUUACAGAGUGAUCUGCUGGACGAUCUUCUGCGCGCCACCAACGUCUGGAUGAUGGUGACGAUCGCCGAUCUACCGAUAGCGGAAGGACAUCCCGCUUACUACAGUGUGUUCUUGGUGAACGAUUAUAACUCACUCUGCUCGCUGCUGGACGACAUGACAUACCAAACGCAUCAUUUUUACGGUUUGUACACGAUUUUUAUCGAAAACCUCACUAAUCUGAGUGACACUUUGCAUGAUGUGAUGCAGAAGCUGUGGACGCUCAAGCUGAUGAAUGUUGUCGUGAUUGUGAGUGAUGAUGAAACGUACGCUGCCUAUACGUACGAUCCGUACCGGGAACAACAAUGUGGCAUCGUGGAACCACAUGAAGCGGGCAGAUACGUAAAUGGGUCCUGGACCAAUUUAGCUCACUGGUAUCGAACGCGAACGAACAACUUCAACGGAUGUCCACUCGUCGUCGGCACGGUAGACAUUAAACCGUGCUCGAUUAUCUACCACCAAGAGAAUCGUACCAUCCAUCAAGGCAUCGAAGUGUCGCAGAUUGUAAAUUUAUCGAAAAAGUUCAACUUCACGGUACGGUACGCAAUUUCGGACGGCACGAUCAAGUGGGGCUUCGUGCGAGCGGUCAACAGUACCGGGCUGAUGGGUAUGAUACAGCGGAAUGAGGUUGAUUUAGGUUUCGGCAGCAUUGGAAUCGGUGUAGCGCGUGUUCAAUACCUUCGGCAGGGUACACCGAGCCGCUAUGGACAGAUACUGAUGGCGAUACCACCGAAACGGCCGUACACAUCGCUCGAGAAGCUGUUCCAACCGUUCAGCCUGCAGACGUGGCUUUGUGUGGUGUUUUGUCUGGUAAUUAUAAGCCUGCUGGCAAGGGGGAUGUUUAGUUUGCGGCAGAACGAACCGAGCAGCGUGGACCGGAUGCCUAACGCAUUCUACACGAUGUGGGUACUAACGAUGGGUGGACCGUGUGGAUCGCUGCGGAUGGAUAGUUCGCGGAUUUUCAUCGUAAUCUUUAUCCUGAACAUGCUGGUACUGCGGACACUCUACCAUGCUGGAAUGUUUGAGCGACUGCAAGCCUCCGAUAGCUUAGCGUCGGAUUUGAACACGCUGGAACAGAUCAACAAGGCGGACAAGGCGUACCACAUGCACAAAACGAUUACUCUGUACUUUAACGACAAUCCACUGGUAGGACCGAGGCGCAUCCGGCUCAUCCAGAACGACAACGACAAUUGGGAAGAGCUACUGUACAGGCUGUCACAACCAGGCAGUGACUUUGUGGUAGCAUUACCGCUCGAUUGCAUCAAGUACUACGUGAAGAUGAACGGCGAACGAGGCCUCGUGUACGUCGGCAAACAUACCGGCAUCACGUAUAAUACGGCAUUCUACUAUCCAAAGACCACUUCGCUACAGGAACCGUUCAGUACGCUUGUGUUGGCGUUCCACUCGGCAGGACUCAUCAAUCACUGGGCCGAAGCGUUCGAGGACAAUCGGUUCUGGUCCAACGCGGUGACAGAUCCCGAACCGACCAGCAUACAAUGGGAUCACAUAUCCGGCGCAUUCUAUCUGGCCGGCACAAUGCACCUGAUGGCGAUAGGUGUAUUUUUCGCCGAGUUGGCAUAUGCCUAUUACCGGAAGAAAAAUUAUCCAAUGGUGUGGAGUGCAUGA